GAAAUAGAUAAGAAGAAGAAGAAGAGGAGGAGGAGGAGGAGGAGGAGGAAGAAGUGAAAGCUGCUUCUGUAUGUAGAUCACCUUGGCUGCACUGGAGGAAAAAGGUUGGUUUAGAAACGUGUGCCCCACCCAUCUACUUUCCCUUUGCUCAGAUUUGCUCUCAACAACUAAAAUGCAACUAUCUCAUAAUACAGCAGCAGAAAACAAACCAAUGUAAAAAAUAAAAUCAUUAUUUAUUUAUUUAUUUAAAAACACCCCAUUAUUCAUAAAGAGAUUUGUGCUAAGCUGUUCAUGUUCAUUAAACAGUAAGAAGUCCGGAUUGAAUUCAACCAAAUCAUAUUGAACCAAAUCAUAUUCAGACUCAUUGAAAUCAACAGACAUGUUCAUCACAGCCAUUGAUUUCAACAGCUCUGAGUCUGACCUACUUGGAUUCAGUCCUCCAUGAUAUUCCACAUAUUGAAAUUCUGGGAGAACUAACAUACAUAGAGUCCUAUGAAAUCAAAGACAGCGCAAUAGCUAAUAAGUGCACUUCAAAAAGUUCAAGGAGACACUGAUCUAGACUUCGACCAGUUUCUCCAUAGGGCUUAUUAGACACAUACUUUUCCUGUUUCAUUUUCCUAAUCCACUUCCUUUCUUUGCAGAGACUUUCUGUAAAUCCAACUGAACUGUCACUGCUAUUGCUACAAGUCUUCUCUGGUCAAAAGAAAGACAGAGCACCAUAAUGAGCGGGGAAGAAUCAACCAUCGCAGAUUAUUCUGAUUUGUAUGCUGAGAUUGCAAUGCCAUGUGACAAGGAUGAAGUCAGAAACUUCACGAAAGCCUUUCUUCCCACUGCUUACUCCCUGAUCUGUGUCCUGGGGUUCGUGGGAAAUAUGUUUGUAGUGAUGACAUUUGUUUUAUAUAAGAGGUCUGAUUCUAUAACUGAUGUCUGCCUCUGCAAUAUGGCUAUUGUGGACAUAUUAUUUGUUCUCACUCUUCCUUUCUGGGCAGUGAACUACGCUCUGGACAACUGGAUUUUUGGGGAUUUCCUCUGCAAGCUCACUAAAGGUAUCUAUGCCAUUAACUUCAACUGUGGCAUGUUGCUCUUGGCCUGCAUAAGCAUAGACAGGUAUGUUGCCAUUGUGCAGGCCAUAAAGUCAUUUAAGCUUCGGGCAAGGUGCCUAGCCCACAGUAAAGUGAUCUGUUUGGCUGUCUGGGUCUCCUCUAUGUUAAUCUCAAGUGCUACUUUCAUGUUCAGUGAAAGCUACGCACUUCCAGGCAAUGCAACCACAUACAUUUGUGAUCACAAAUCCAGUGCAAAUUCCAAUGUACAACUGAAAUUGCUCAUAUUAAGUUUCCAGCUUUUAUUUGGAUUUUUUGUCCCUCUGUUGUUCAUGGUUUUUUGCUACACCUUCAUUGUCAGAACCUUAGUGCAGGCUCAGAAUUCCAAAAGGAGCAAAGCUAUACGAGUGAUUAUCUCUAUCGUAGUUGUUUUUCUGCUGUGCCAAGUUCCCUACAAUAUGGUUCUCCUGGUGACGGCAGAAUCUAUGGGGAAACUGGACAAAGCCUGCCAGAGUGAAAAGCAAUUGGCUUACGCAAAAUACGUAACGGAAACUCUGGCUUUCCUGCACUGUGGUAUGAACCCUGUGCUCUAUGCAUUCAUUGGUGUGAAGUUCAGGAACUACUUUGUGAAAAUAAUUACAAGCCUGUGCUGUGUGAGACAUAUGAACUGUGGAACUACCCUUGGUUCAAAGAUAAGUUCCGAUGCUGUCCACUCCAGACAGACAAGUGAAGUUUGUGAAUGACAUAAUAGAUUAUUGUGUAUACAACAUGGUUAUCCUCAGGUAGAAUCAUUAUUCAGGCCUCACACAGAUAUGCUGGCUUCUUUAUACCGUUCAAAUCAGUUCACUUAAUACAUCAUGCCCGUAUAAGCUUCUGCCACAGAAAACUGGUCAGUUUCAAAGGUAGCUAAUAGCUCUUUACACAUUUCAAAUAAAGCCAGUCUCUCUGUUCCCAUAGCGGGACCAGAUUUCCGGGUGUUUGCAUGCAUACCUCUUCUCUUCAGACAUACCAGAAAAACACAAGAUUGCCAUCUUCUGGAAAUGCAGGGACUCUUUCUUCCUUUAAUGGGUGCCGCUGGCUCCUGUGUUUGUUUUGUUAUAGUUCCACUUCAGCUAUUGAUAUUAUAAGAAUUAUCGAAAGUGUACUGUUAUGGUUUGCCCCACUGCUUUCUUGAAUUGGCUAAGUUGUUAGCAAUGGCACCUGUUGACCACUGGGAAUAGGCUUUUCUUUUGCUGAUUGAAAUAGACGUGGUUCCCCUCUCUGGCCCGUAAAAGGGUUUUAGAAUUAUCAUUUUUAUUAAUUUUAUCAUAUGUAGUCAAAAAUGCAAAAACUAAGGGUAAUGAGGGGCCAAUAGAUAAAGGACCCAUUUGAGAAGAUAUAGGAAGUUUUUUUUAUUGAUUAGUCAAGUGUAAAGGACAAUGACUGAUAUACCAGACUAUAGACAUUGGGAGUUAUUUUCUCUCUUUGUCUUGAAACCCUGUAAAGAAAAACGCUGUAAAUGAACUUUAAAGGAGAAAAUGUUUAAGAUUAUCAGUAUAUAUAGUCACUGAGGUGCCUUAGACCUGUUAAUACUGUUCCUUUGCACCUGUUUUGUUACGCUUGAUUUUCAAUUUGUAUUUUCAAAAAAGUUGAAUAAAGAAAUAAAUGCUAAAAAUAAGGUGAAGGUACAUCGUUUUUAAAGUUAUAUCUGAUGAAUU